AUGGAAGAGAAGUUUAAAGGAACUCUAAGCGGAAAGCUCCGUGCAUGUCUGGGAUGCUCUCAGAUAAAGACCUUGAAUGGGUUUAGAAAAGAUGGAUGUGAAAACUGCCCAAUGCUUGAGAUGAAGGGAAACCUUUCGAAUGUCAAUGAAUGCACCACAAGCAACUUCAGAGGUGUUGUAGCACUUCUACAGCCUUCCAACAGUUGGGUUGGAAAGUGGCAAAGAAUAGGAGAGUUCAAAAAAGGACUCUAUGCAAUGGUUGUUGAAGGAGUUCUCUCGGAAGACUUUGUUAAGGACAUCGAGCAGGAUGGAAGAAUAUACUAUGAAAGAACAGAGUCUUUCAAGCUGUAA